AUGUCAUCCGAAAUGAAGAAGCUCAACUUGCUGAUGUGUGAGCAAGGCCGGAACAUGCAUCUGUCAUACGGAGAGUACACCACUGGAUGGACAGGCUCCGGAGCAUCGAAGUCCGACAAGAAGGUUGUUGGUCUGACACUGUUCGAUCUCCGGAGAUUGGGCAAAGUCGACAAACUUGGUAUGGUGGGGACGAAUGGAGGCAAGUUCCCUGCCAUCCGGACACAUCUGGAAGAGAACAUCGCGCAUGUGUACAAAGAUAUGGACACGACGUUCGAUGCUUUCCCGGAAGGCAAUGUCGUCAAUCCGGAGGCUUACAAAGAUGCCAUUAACAAGCUAUCUCCCGGAGAUGCUGUUGUUAUCUUCACGCCCGACAGUACACAUUACCCGAUUGCAUUGUAUGCGAUUGAGCGGGGAAUUCACGUUCUCGUUACGAAGCCUGCCGUUCAACUCCUUGCGCACCAUAACGAGCUUGUAGCGGCCGCAAGGAAACACAACGUUGUCUGUUUUGUAGAACACCAUAAGCGUUUUGACCCUGUGUACAGCGAUGCGAAGGCUCGCGCAGCUAGUCUUGGAGAGUUCAACUUCUUCAGUGCGUGGAUGAGCCAGCCCAAGAGCCAGCUUGAGACAUUCCGCGCGUGGGCAGGAAAGGACUCCGAUAUCAGUUACUACCUGUCGUCUCACCAUAUCGACAUUCACUGCUGGAUUAUGCAGGACAAGGCAGUCCCCACUCGUGUGACAGCGAGUGCAGCUACCGGCAUUGCUACCAGCGAGCCGUACAACUGCGUACCGCAAACUGAAGACACGAUCACGCUUCUCGUUGACUGGCAGUCACUCUCUAGCUCCAAGCACAGAGGCACGGCAGUAUACACGGCGUCAUGGACCGCUCCGUUGAAGUCUGGUGUCCACUCAGCACAGCACUGGUACUACAUGGCCGAGAAGGGUGAGAUCAAUGUGGACCAAGCUCACCGUGGCUACGACAUCGUCAACGACGAGACGGGCAAGGCUUGGUACAACCCAUUCUACAUGAAGUACUCUCCAUCCGAGAGCGGGCAUUUCGACGGCCAACGCGGCUACGGUUAUGUUUCCAUCGAGAAGUUCGUCGACGCUGCGAGAGAAGUCAAUGCCGGGCGCGUGUCGCCCGCCGACUUUGACAAGCACGGUCUGCCGACGAUUGCGAACACCGUCCUUACCACCGCGAUCCUCCAUGCGGGUCGGAUCAGUCUGGACGAGAAGCGGCCUGUGAACAUCAAGCACAGUAAUGGCGAAUGGAGCCUCGAGUAG